AUCAAACAGUUAAAAAUUUGCAUCCACACUGCAUGAGCGCUGCAGCUGCGACACAGAGAACCGUGACCGAAGGAAACUCAAUAUUUCUUCAUUUCAUUGAAAGUUACCGAUGAAGUCCUCUGUUGACUACGUGUUGUCAGCUAAGCGCCGUCGUUCAAUCGGAUCUUCCUCUAGCCCUGACAGAGGCAAAAGACAGAAGUUAUCAGAUGUAGCUGACCAUUCGAAUGCAUCUGCAAUUUCGGAUGUUGUGGUUCAUACAGAGCAUGGAAAAUAUGGAAGUGUCACAAAGGAAAUAGAGGACCUUAUAGCCAUAAAAAUGCAGAUACUUGGACCUUACUUUGCCAAGUAUCCCGUACUUGUUAAUGAAUUCAUGAAUGUGGUAACUGACCACGAUAAAGACACUGGUUUGACAUAUCAUAAUGUCAUAGAUUUGACGGGGGAAAACAUUGAGAAGAAAGUUCAUGCAGCUACAGUUAUUCACAUUGAUUCAGAUGUGGAAGAUGAUGGAGAUAAAAAGGCUAUUGUUCCUUUUCAUGAAGCUUUAAAAGUGGAAGAUGAUAUACACAAUAAAUCUAUUGUUCCAUUUCAUGAAGCUUCAGAAGAAGAAGAAGAUUACAGACAAAAUAAAUCAAUUGCUCAGUUUGAAGAAAUUGUGUUGCCGCUAGUUGCACCGUCUCCUGUUGUGACGAAAACAGUUAGGCAGCGUACUCCCAUUCCUAACCGUCGCAAAAGUAAAGAUCCGAAAAUUGAGACAAGUACCGCGGGUAAAGGUGUUUAUAUCGGUGUAAAUAAGGAAGAUGAUCAUCAGGUCAACCCCGCAGACAAUGAGGGCCUAGAAGAUCUUUGGAAGGAGAUGUCGAUGGCAAUGGAGUGUUCCAAAGUUGUUUCCGCGAAUCCUCUGCCAGAUGAAGAAGCAGAAAGUGACGAGGAGUGCGAUCAUUCUUUUAUUUUAAAAGAUGAUAUUGGUUAUGUUUGUCGGGUUUGUGGAAUUAUUGAGAGAGGAAUUGAAACCAUAUUUGAGUUUCAGUACAAGGUUAAACGGAGCACAAGAACUUAUGCAUAUGACUCUCGUGACACCAAAGCAAAAACAGAUGUAUUUGCAAAUAAUGUUGCUGAAGAUGAUCUCAUAGUAACUCAAUUCUCAGCACAUCCUAGGCACAUGAAACAGAUGAAACCUCAUCAAAUUGACGGAUUCAAUUUUCUUGUUAGAAAUCUUGGGGGUGAUCAUCCCGGUGGCUGCAUCUUAGCCCAUGCUCCAGGAUCAGGGAAAACAUUCAUGAUAAUAAGUUUCAUGCAAAGUUUUCUAGGCAAGUAUCCGAAUGCAAGACCAUUGGUGGUGCUUCCGAAGGGAAUAUUGUCAACAUGGAAAAAGGAAUUUCAGACAUGGCAAGUGGAAGACAUACCUCUAUAUGACUUUUAUACGGUGAAGGCAGAUAGUAGAAGCCAACAACUGGAAGUAUUGAAGCUAUGGGAGAAGAAGAAAAGUAUUCUUUUCUUAGGAUAUAAACAGUUCUCCUCUAUUGUCUGUGAUAAGGGGACCAACCAUAUAUCGUCAUCAUGCCAAGAGAUUUUACUGAGGAAUCCUUCAAUACUUAUUUUAGACGAGGGGCAUAAUCCUAGGAAUGAAAACACAGAUAUGGUCCAAUCCCUUGCAAAAGUUCACACACCUAGAAAAGUUGUUCUGUCGGGAACGCUUUAUCAAAAUCAUGUGAGGGAGGUGUUUAACAUUCUAGAUCUUGUUCGUCCAAAGUUUUUGAAGAUGGAAACAUCAAAAGCUAUCUGCAGGCGCAUUUAUAGUAGAGUUCAUAUACCAGGUGUGAGAACAUUCUUUGAUAUUGUUGAAAACACUUUGAAGGGCAUAGACUUUAAAGCGAAAGUAGCCGUCAUACAAGAUUUACGUGAGAUGACAAAGAGCGUCCUUCAUUAUUAUAAAGGAGAUUUUCUUGAUGAGCUUCCUGGUCUCGUUGAUUUUACAGUGGUUCUCAAUCUUAGCCAUAAACAAAAGCUUGACAUUGAACAAUUAAAAAAGUCAUCUGGAAAGUUCAAGAUAUCUUCUGUAGGAAGCGCAGUCUAUUUGCACCCUAACCUGAAAUCUUUAGCUGAAAAAUGUGGAGAAAAUAAUAUAUCUGAUGAUAUAAUUGAUGCUCUGAUAGAAAAAUCAGAUGCCAGAGAUGGUGUGAAGUCCAAAUUCUUUUGGAACAUGCUAAAUUUGUGUGAAUCAGCCGGAGAGAAACUCCUAGUAUUCAGUCAAUACUUGCUUCCUUUGAAAUAUUUAGAAAGGUUAAUCAUUCAAAGUAAAGGGUGGAGUCUAGGAAAGGAAAUAUUUGUAAUCUCAGGAGAAUCUAGCUAUGAGCAGCGAGAAUGGUCCAUGGAAAGAUUUAACAAUUCUCCUAGUGCUAAAGUCUUCUUUGGCUCCAUCAAGGCUUGUGGAGAGGGCAUAUCAUUGGUAGGGGCAUCACGCAUAGUUAUAUUGGACGUUCAUCUUAAUCCUUCAGUUACUCGUCAAGCUAUUGGUCGUGCAUUCAGACCUGGCCAGCAGAAGAAAGUUUUUGUGUAUCGAUUGGUGUCUGCUGAUUCUCCAGAAGAGGAGGAUAACAGCAUUUGUUUCAAGAAGGAAUUGAUUUCAAAAAUGUGGUUUGAAUGGAACGAGUAUUGUGGUGAUCGAGCAUUUGAAGUUGAGGAAGUUCUUCUGAAAGAGUGUGGCGAUCUUUUUCUUGAGAGUCCAUUACUUGGAGAAGAUGUAAAAGCUCUUUACAAAAGGUAAGAUGGAUAAGCAAUUAUUUUUCACUUUCCUGUGUGAUUGUGAGUAAAAUUUUCUGAACUUGUUGUUGUUGCUGCUGUAACCCUGUUGGCUUACGAUUUGCCAUUCAUACAGUUACGUUUUAUAUUUCUUUUCUUUGUAUGUGCCUGGUAGAAUAAUGAGUUGAGAAAUAUUUUUCGAAAUUUUCUGAUUGUCCAGAUUCAGGUUUCUUUGUUCAGAACAAUGGAAGAUUAGUGAGAAUUGAAUGAGCUUGAGUCUUUAUUUC